UUGACAAGAGGUGGGAGGUCUGUAUAAGGGCUGUCUGUCUGCUGACACAGUUAGUCUCAGUUUGGACUCUGCAAGAGGAGCACGUCAGCCAACGCGUUACAAGUACGCCACACGACAAGGCGCAAAGCUUGCCCAGCACAAGAGUCCUACCUGUGGAGUGAAACUGAAUGUAAGAGAAGAAUCGCUUUGCUUCAAUGUGUGUGAAAGAGGAUUUGUUUCCCAUUGUCAAACACAUACCAGAUGACCAUCCUUGUGCAAACCCUGAUUCAGAGCAAGGCUAAGUUCAGGGUCGGAUAGACUGCAGCAUGCCCGCGACCCUCGUGAGGAUAAGCUUCUCGGAUACUGGAAGGAUGUUGCAGGUAAAGUGUUUGUGUGUGCUUAUGUUCCUGAGCUUCCCACUGUCCAUGGCUGAGGUCCCUGGACCCUGUAGACACUCCAUUACUAAGGACCACCUGCUUACACUCAAACAUCUGAUGGAUAACCAAUUGAGAAGCGGGUGUUCGAUAACCUACACAUUCAUCGAACAAAAAUCUCUGAGCAAGUGUUGCUUCGUGAAAGCUGCCUUACCUUGGAUAUUGGAGCUCCUCACCACCCACUUCAAAUAUAACAGGGGUUCAGUCAACUACAGCUAUGUUCAGUCUUUGAGGGCACUCAUCCUCAACAUCUACUCGCAGAAAUGUGUUCCUCAGAUCAACGAGGAAGUUGAGGACAAGCCCGAGAGCUUUGAAGUGCUUUACAGAGGGGCCCCUGCAGAAGCACUGCAGAGAGCUUUGAGGGUGCUGUCUGUUUAUUUGGAGCUGGUAACGAUGAGUGAUGCACCAGUGGACUGGAGUUGCCAGUAUGAAUACUCAAAGUUCUUUGAAUCGAGCACGGCGCAAGCUCAAGUGUCCCCCACACAAGGCUGCACAGACAGUUAUGUUACGAGGUCAGUGAAGGCCUCUCAGAGAAGACCACUGAGAGACCUGUACAAGCUCGGCUUCAUCAUCACCUCCAUCUUCGGAGCACUACUGCUCAUAUUUACUCUCUUCUGUCUAAUCACACAAAAGAGGACCCACACCUGUCACAGAUUGGGAUCUUAUAUGAUUUCUAGCAGAAACCAAAGAGGCACAGAGAUGGAGCUACAAUAAUUGUGGUGAGAAUGCGGGGGCAGAUCGAGCCAUCACGGAGAACUGCAUUUGAGCUACAAAGUCCGGGAUUUCAUUCCAGUCAUUGGCCAUGCUGAUGAGUUUCAUUGACGAGGAACAAUGCCGAUGGACCUUGUGUAGAAGAAAUAUUCUGUGUAUAUUAUGUUUAUGCAUCCUAUUACAAAUACAUUUCCAGUCCACUAAAUAUAUUUCUCCACGACACGUAGACUCUGUGUUUAUCGCCUAAUCAAUUGUUUGUAUCGUUGUUCAAAAAGUUAUUUAUUAGUUUGAUUCUAUACAAUUGCUGUAUUAGAAAUGCAAACCAGAAUGUAUAUUUGAAAUGACCACAUUAGUCGUAACCUCAUGAUACGCCUGAAGCAUUUUACAGCGUUAUUCUCGUUUGACUUCACAUUUUACGAGGAGUCC